CGUUUCGCAAACCCCUUCCCUGACUUCUUUCCUCCCCAUCUGCAAAACCCAGAGCUAGUUCCAAUCCCUCUAGCCCCCAAAACCAUACCUUAGUGCAUAUGCAACACAACUUUCUCACUCUCAAACACAAACCCGCAUAUGAAUUUGAUAAAAAAAUCUCUAUCCUCAAUCCUAAAAUCCAUAGCCACCCAACAGUUUGCAUCCCAUAGUCACAACCUUCAGCACCACAGAACCAUAGUAAAAGUCCGUUUAAAAUGGGUGAAAAACAGAGGUUUGGACCACAUAAUCGAUGUUCAAACGGAUCUUAAAGCAGCUUGUUUAUUAAAAGAAGCUAUUGUUCGUUCACCAGUUGGUUAUCUAACUGCGAAGUCACUUGCUGACUCACAAAAAAUUCUUGGACUUACAGUUCCUACACUUAGGUUUAUUAGAAGAUACCCAACUCUUUUUGAAGAGUUUCCUCACCCAAAGUACCCAUCUUUGCCUUGUUUUAAACUUACCCAUAUUGCUAAAAUUCUUCAUGAUCAAGAACUGAAGGUGUUUGAUGAUAACCACACUGAUUUGGUUCAAAGGCUUUCCAAACUUCUUAUGAUGACAACUAACAGAAUGGUUGCGCUGCAGUCAUUACAUCCUUUGAAAUGGGAUUUAGGAUUGCCCGAUGAUUUUGAUAAGAAUUUAAUUAGGAAAUUUCCUGAUCAUUUUAGGAUAGUUAAGGGAACGAAUGGAUUGGCUUGCUUAAAGCUUGUUCAAUGGCCAGAAGAAUAUGCUGUCUCCGAGUUGCAAAAGAUGAAUGAGAAGAGCACAAUAGACGAUGGAAGCCCUCCUGGGUAUAGAGAAUUUAAAAGGGGCAAAGCUGCAUUAGAAUUUCCAAUGAGUUUUCCAAGGGGAUAUGGGGCACAGAAGAAGGUCAAAGCGUGGAUGGAUGAGUUUCAGAAGCUGCCUUACAUCUCACCUUAUGAGGAUUCAAGGGGAAUUGACCCCGAUAGUGAUCUUAUGGAAAAGAGAAUAGUUGGGGUUUUACAUGAGUUUCUAAGCUUGACACUAUACAAGAAAACAAAGAGAAAUUACUUGAGGAGCUUGAGAGAGGAACUAAAUCUUCCACAUAGAUUUACUCGAAUAUUUACAAGGUAUCCAGGAAUAUUUUACCUCUCAUUGAAGUGCAAAACAACGACUGUGGCGUUGAGAGAGGGGUACCGUCGUGGAAGACUUGUAAAUCCGCAUCCUCUGACUCGCCACAGGGAUAAGUUUCAUCAUGUUAUGAGGACUGGGUUAAUUUAUCGAAGCAAAGGAAUAGACAUUUUGCCGCAACUAGACAAUGUAGUUGAUGAAGAGGAUACGGGAGAAGAAGAGAGUGAUGAAGAAGAGAUAGAAAUGAAUGAUGAAUGCUACGAAGAUGGAUCUUCAGAUGCAGACACAGGUGGUGAUGAAGGCUAGCAUCCCCUGAACAGAGGCAAUUUAUUUCUCGGAAAUAAUACAGAGAGGAAAAGCUCUUGAGGAGCAGGCAUUUUAUGUUAACCUUGGUACCCUAUUAAGUGGAUUAAGAUGCAAAAAUAUCCUACAAUUACAGAAGAAGAAGUGGAACUGUUGACUACAAGUGGUACACCCUCUGCGGGAGAAAUUACAAGAUAUUUAUACCUUGUACUUUGUGAUAUACAAAGAUAAAGUUCUCUUGAAUAAACUGUAAUUUUGAAUUUAGAAUCAUUCUUCUGUCAAAUGGUGAUUUGUUUCUAAUAUGCCUACUGAUAGAAGCUGGCAGGAUUUCACGGUUUAGCCUGUAAAUGCUUUUUGAAAUAGUUUGGUAAACUGCUGCUGUUCUUUUUGUGCGGUUGAA